UUGCUUAUUAUUGUGAAAACCUUGUACUACUGCUCUCUUCUUUAACGAAACGCCAAAAAUAUAAAAAUCAUAUGAACAAUUUCCACUCACAUUUAGAAGUUCUGUUAUACUGCAACUAAACAGUUAUAAAAUUACUAAAAUCCAAAACAAAAUAAUGAGUAUCUAUAAUGAAGAUGAACUAGUGCCUCCGUCUUGGAUAAAUCAAGAAUUUCUGCAAAAAGUUUUAAAACAAUACGAAAAUAAUGAACAUUUAAAGAUAAACAAUUUUGUUUUAAGUCCUGCCACAUUAAAGGGUGAUCAUUAUGGCAGUAUUAUGUUUAGAUGUAAGCUAACCUAUGAUCUUGAUAUGGAGGGUAUAAAGCAGCAAUCUUUUGUGAUUAAAACCAUACCGGAGGAGAAAUGUUCAAAGCGUGAUAUGUUGGGAGAAUCUGGUGUAUUUGAAACUGAAAUAUCAAUGUCACUAUACAUUGAUAUUUCACUCUAUACUCUACCAAAAAUAGAGAAAAUUUUACAGGAAAUCGGAGAACCCACUAAAAUGGCAGCACAACUAAUUUAUCAUUCUCUGGAACCUCACCAAGUUAUUAUCAUAGAGGAUCUUUGUGAGGCCGGUUAUAAUACCAUACGCGGUCGUCAUUUAACCGAGGACGAGAUAAAAAUGGUCUAUACCAAAAUAGCUAAAUUUCAUGCUGUCUCUCAUCUAUUAAGCUUAGGUGAAGAUCAUGAAAUUGUAACAAAAUAUGAAAAAGGCUUCUUUAGUAAUUCUGCCAUUAUGUCUAUGGAUUUCAUACGUAAUGGUAUAUGGAAUUUUAUACAAAUGCUAUCAGAACAUCAGGAAUUUUCAGUUUAUUUGGAAAAGGUAAAACUAAUGCAACCCCAUAUGAUGAAAAGUUGUAUGGAUCUAUAUAAUGCCUAUAAAUUGAAUAAAGGCCAAGGAGAUAUAUUCGUUUUAAAUCAUGGUGAUUUUCAUAAUAAAAAUUUAAUGUUUAAAUUCAAUAAACAAAAUCAAUUGGACGAUGUCAUAUUUGUGGAUUAUCAACUGAAUUGUUUUGCUCCCUCCGCAGUUGAUACUAUAUAUUCGCAGUAUACUAUGUUAAGUCCGGAAUUACGUUUGAGAAGAAAUGAAUUUAUGCUGCAUUAUUUUACGGAAUUUAUAAGAGUUUUGAAAAGUUUUAAAUAUCAAGGGGAAUUGCCUAGGUAUUCGGAUUUUCAAAUUGCUGGUUAUAAAUAUAGAUAUUUUGCUUUACUUUUAAUGUCCACAUUUGUGCCCAUGUUUGGUGAUGCUAUAACCUCCAAGGCGGAGGAUUUGAAAGACUUUGAUAGCUCUAAUUUUUUGGAAAAUGCUGCUGCCAUAAGUUUGGCCUAUAAAAAUACCAGAUUUUUAACUGAUAUGCGCAAUUAUUUACCAGAAAUGUUAAGGGAUGGCUAUUUAGAUUAGUUUGUUUGGAAAUAAAGUUUCAAAUAUUAAGCAAAAGUUUGUAAAUUUGAAAAUUAUUGACUGUGGAACAACUUCAGCAUAUUGGACAUAACUUCCUAGCAAAAAAUCUUAAAAUUUUGGUACAUUACCUAGUAAUGAAUAGUCGUUAUCAAUAAUAUUAUUUCAAAGUUUUGAAUAGGUUUUGUAGACAAUUAUCUAGAGCAUCUGUCCAAUAAAAAAAGUUUGUGGUUCCAA